CCCCGUGAGCUUGGCUCGGGCUGAGGGACGGGAGUGCCCCGAUCACAUCCCCUUUACGCACAGCAGCGGAUCUCCCAGGGAGGACGAACUAGCUGCUCGCGGUGGAUGGAGAUGCAUCUGUGAUGAAUUCAUCCGCUCAUCGCACUCAAAGGGGGGAAACUAUGACUCCUUUUAACGUGUGACGUGGAUAUUCUUUUCACUUUUGCUUUGCAUCCAAACCGGCCGUCCGUUCAUUUAUCAGAAGCCGCUGUGCACGCACCCGCCUGGUUCCAUUAGACUUGUGAGCAUGGAGAGCCGGCCGUCCUUCCCCAGGUACCCGCUGCUGGUGCUGCUCUGCGCUCUGUCGGGGACCCGCAGCCCCGGCGCGUCCGCGGGGAGGAGCUGCGCCGACACCCGGCAGGUGUACGCAGAGAAGGGGUACAGCACCGGCACCGCUCCGCUCACUCAAAUCUCCGGUGAGCACCUGCGACUCUGUCCUCUGGACUACACCUGCUGCUCCAGUCAGAUGGAGGAGACGCUGGCCCUGCAGAGCGAGAGGGACUUCCUCAAAGCCGUGGAGGAGAACAGCCAGUUCCUUCUGACUACCUUCACGCUGAGGCACCGCCGCUUUGAUGAGUUCUUCAGAGAGCUCAUAGACUUGUCAGAGAAGUCCAUGAACCAGAUGUUCACCAAGACCUACGGCCGGCUCUUCACCCAGAAUGCACAAGUCUUCCAGGAGCUGUUUGUGGAUCUGCGCAGAUAUUAUUCUGGGGGCAGUGUCAGUCUGUCGGAGGUUCUCUCAGACUUCUGGUCCGGACUGGUGGAGCGAGUCUUCUCUCUGGUCAACCCCCAGUAUCAGUUCAGUGAGGAGUACCUGGAGUGUGUCAGCAAACACGCUGAGCAGCUGCAGCCCUUUGGUGAAGUUCCCCGCAGACUGCGUGUUCAAGUGUCGAGGGCUUUCAUUGCAGCCAGAGCUUUGUCUCAGGGCUUGGCUACUGGUCGGGAUAUUGUUAACAAAGCAAUAAAGUUGACUGCAGACUCGGAGUGUGUGCGUGGCCUGAUGCGCCAGUGGUACUGCCCGCUGUGCCGUGGGAUGCCGUCCCUGCGGCCCUGCCACUCCCUGUGCCUUAACGUGAUGAAGGGCUGCUUGGCCAAUCAGGGCGACCUGGACACAGAAUGGAACAAUUUCAUUGAUGCUCUCUACCAGGUUUCAGAGAAGUUGGAGGGGCCGUUCAACAUGGAGCUUGCAGCCGACUCCAUCUCUGUGAAAGUGUCUGAGGCCAUCAUGCACAUGCAGGAGAACAGCGUCAGCAUCUCCACCAAGGUUUUCCAGGGUUGUGGAAGUCCGAGGCCGGCACCUGGACGGCCCAAGCGCUCCCCCAAAGAGUCGGGGGGAAACAGGAGGCCUUUCCGCACCUACACCCCCGAGGAGAAACCCACCACCGCUGCAGGCACCAACCUGGAUCGGCUGGUCACCGAGCUGAAGGAGCGACUGCGGCCCAUGCGUGGCUUCUGGGUGUCCCUCCCACACACCAUCUGCAACGACGAAAAGAUGGCCUCCGACGUCACUAAUGAGGACCGCUGCUGGAACGGGCAGACCCGGGGGAGGUACCUUCCGGAUGUGACGGGCGACGGGCUGGUCAACCAGAUCAACAACCCGGAGGUGGAGGUGGACAUCGCCCGGCCGGAUGUGAGGACUAGACAGCUGAUCAUGGAGCUGAGGGUGGUGACCAACAAGCUGAGACACGCUCAGAGUGGACAGGACAUGGACUUCAUGGACAGCGAGGAGGGCAGUGGGUCAGGAGGAGGAGAUCAGGGUGAAAGGUACAAUGACGAUUGGCCCGGCUACGGGCCUCAUUCCCCCCCCUACAACAAACCCCCCCGCAACCCCGCCGCUGACCCCGCGAAGCCGCCUCGAGUCCGGGAGAGAAACGGGUCCAAGUUGAACAGAAACCACGGGCGGGACCGGUCUGCAGCCAGCCAGCCGGCCUACUGCCUGAUCCCUCUGCUGUCGAUGCCUUUCAUGGCCACCGUGGCCCCCAUGUGGAGAUAGCUGGUCAUUACAGCCUGCCGGAAAAAACAAAGGUCAUUCCAUUCGGUUACACCAGCAGACUAAACAAAGCCAAAUCAGCAAUAAUUAAAAGUCACUUCACAGCACAAAAUAAAUUAAUAUUUGUCUUACUGCCCAAGCCACAAAAUAGGUACUACGAGCACAACAAUAACACGUAAUAUUGCCCUUUCUCAGUGCAUUUGACCUGUUGGAGAAUGGAUGCCGAAUGGCCGAGGGGGAAAAGUAAGAGUUAGACAGCAAAUGAAUUGGGAGGAUGUUUGGCUGAUGAAGAUGAUUAAUCCUCCGUGAGAUGGAGGUUAUUCGUGCCGGUUAAUAACCGUUUAAGUUUAAUUGAGCAGCUGAUUUGAUCCGUGAUUAAUAUCAACGGCCUCUUGAUUUCACUCAAGUUAUGUUUCAUCUUUUAUCAAGUGGAAGUAAUACAAUUUACUAUCUUAAUUGAACCUCCAUGUUUUUGCCUGGAAAAAGUCAACAGUGUGAUUCUUGAAACCAAACAAGGGGCUUACUUUGAAUGUACCUAAUUUGCUUUAACUUGUGUCAACAAGUGGUUAAUUCAUGUAAUAUAUUAAUGUUCUUAAUUUAUUUGUAAUAUAAUACUUCCUCUUUCUUAUCUUCAUUCAUUUUAUCUCUUAAAAGAACCAUCUGUUUUUAACUUUCUCUGGGAAAAAAAAGGAAAAGUCAAGUUGUGUUGAUUUAUCCUUUUUGUAAACCAAUCAUUUGAAAGUGUAAUUGAACCAAACGUAACGCAACUCUUAAUUAUCAAACCUUAUUGUGGCACAGACUGGAGUUUCCAGGCGUCAACUGAUCGUUGUGGAGCAGUUUGUGUGAAUGUAUGUCUGUAUGAUGCUUUUAUAUAUUUGUCGUUUCAACGUUCUGAUGUCAUGUUCAGAUGUUCAGAUGUUUUUUUAUACAGGGCUUUUCCACUUAUUUUUCCUAAAAGCAAACAAAGAUGAUCAGUGGCAGAGCUCACGUGGGAAUUUGAAGUCAAAUUGAAUGUUGACAGAAGCCGAGACGACAGCUUCUUACAGAUCGUGUUGCAAUGAAGAUAAAAAUCAAAAAACAUCCACUGCUAACUUAGCUUAGCAUAAAGU